UAUCGUUUACAACUAUCCUUGAGCGAUAUUUGGUUGGAAUAAUGGAGCGCUGAGCUAAGGACUAAACUAUUCUGAAGAGGACCCUAAAAUUCAUCCUCAGGUCAUAUAUUCUUUGUUCAGCAUGGGAGAAGCAAUAGUUUUUUAUAGAAUGCUGCAAUUAUCUGCAUGUAAUGAUUGCUGCUUUUGAGUUUUUAUUUCAAGAAUCUUAAGAAUUGGUUUCAAACAUUGAAGGGAGCAUUUAUGGAGGACAAUGAUGUGGACAUGGAUGAGGAAGAGGAGGAAGAGAUACUCAGGAGAGAGACCACAACAGGACUUUGGUGGGAGGAAAGUGGAGAACAUGGCAACUGUGACACACUACACCCGAGAGGGGGAAGGGGCUGCAUGGUAAACAGCCGCAGUUGGGCCGAGGAGCUUCAGGAUAUCUUUGCACAACAGACAGAAGACUGUUACAGUGGAGGGCGAACCAGACUGCCCAGCAUCUCUGCCCAGAGGAAUGACAGAGAGUCCAUCAGGCAGAAACUUGCCCUCGGCAGUUUCUAUGACGACGAGCCCGUCAUCUACACCAGCUGCAGCAAGAACGGCCUCUCCUCCCGACUGCAGAGUGGGGUGAACCUGCAGGUGUGUUUUGUAAACGACAGCAGCAGUGACAGAGACAGCGAUGCUGAGGACAGCAGGACAGAGACCAGUCUGGACACACCGUUAUCACCUUUGAGCAAGCAGAGCUCAUCGUUAUCGGACCGGGACACAGCAGAGGAGGACUCUGACCCGCUAGAUGACUGCGGCGGGUUCUGGCGGGUGCAGCGGAGGCUGCAGGAGGAGGCCCGUGUGGCACUGGCUCUGGCUCGACCCAUGGCCCGAAUGCAGGUGGAGGUGGAGAGGCAAAUCCAACUGCACAGACGUUCACCUGUGGCUGACUUGCUUCCCCAUCUGCCCCACAUCAACGAGGGCUUGAUGAAGAGGAACCUGAGGCGAGGGGACAUGAGGGACAUGAGUCUGGGACAGCUGCAGGUCAUCACGAAUGACUUACACUCACAGAUUCAGAGUCUAAAUGAGGAGCUGGUGCAGUUGUUGCUGAUGAGGGAUGAGCUGCAUGUGGAGCAGGACGCCAUGCUGGUGGACAUAGAGGAUCUCACUAGGCAUGCUCACAGCCAUCAGCGGCACCAAGCAGAGAAAGCUAUCUCUAAAUAAACACCUCGUCGACACGUGUCCGCCUGCACGUCAUCUUACCUCCUGCUCCAUAGACUGUCACCAGUGUUACUAAUAAAAACUCCAUCUGUGCUGUUUCUGGAGAACUAACUAUACCUGUACUGUAAUAUUAACACACAGACACCGCAUAAUGUAUCGCACCACAAGAUGUUGUUGAAGGACAGGGCAUCUAAAAAGAGGCUGAGUGAUGGCUGGUUUCAGUAUGGACACAGUUGCAUUUGGGCAGGCUUUUCACCUCCACUCAGCAUGAUUAAACAUGCCAUAUUUUGUAGAAUAAGGUGAAUCCUCUCAAUGUAAUUGCAUCUCCUAACCCUGAUUUACCUCUUCAUGAUUUUGCACAGUACACUCAUGUUAAUGCUGGGUUGGUGAGAGCACCUGCACGCCCUGUUUCUCCCAUGACUGGAAACGUAUUACCUUGUAGGGGCCACACCUUGCUGAACUUUUUAUUUUGUUAGUCUCUAUAUCAUUCAAUAGGAUUGAUCAGUUUAUCUAUGGACAUGCUUUGUCACCUGUAUCGUUUAUCUUACUAAGAGCACUGUGUCAUCGCUGUGUAAUUCACUAUGAAACACCUACUACUCUCUGAACUGUUGCAAAAAUAAUGAGCACUGUGCUGUAUUGCAGCUUCACAGUGUAGUUGAAAUGCUGCUGCAGCUUUACAGUGGUCUUGUUAUUUGAUAGCUGAUACAAUUUCCACCUGCUUUAAAAUGCAUUUAGAGCUGUACUUCUCAAAUCCAUAUUUGUCCAAUAAGAUAACAUGUAUCGGGGAUCAGUUCCUGUGCAGUGGACCCAGGUUCAAAUCCAGCAUGGAACCAUUUACCCUUCUCAAAGAAAAGAUAAGAUAAACCUUUACUAAUCUCUGUAAGGAAAUUCAGGGGUCAUAGAAACAACAGCAAUAACAGAGAAGGUAACACAGGAUAAUGCAGGUAAGAGUUCACACAGAGAUAAUAAGAAUGAUAAUAAAAAAAUAAGUAGCCUAAAUGUCUUUAUGAAGUCGGUAAUAUACCCAAAUUUACAAUAUAUGGUUUGAAAAAGGGUCAAUAAAGAAUAAUUACAAACAUGUAAAACUAAUUAAUCACAACCAAAACAUAUAUCUAUUUUAUCUGUUCAGAGGGUUUAUAGACAUACUGUAUGUAAAUGUGAAAAGAUGCUUUAUUAAAAAGGAUGAAAAACAUGCCUUGUUGUCUGGCUGUGUUUAAGUGUUUUCACUCUCAGCUUUUUCGGAAUGUUAUUUAACACCAAGUCAACCUUUCUUUUCUAUUAAAUGCUUCAUUGAUUAAUGUACUACAAAAUGAUUGUACAAAUCAAAUCUCAAGUAAUAAAUGUUUCCAGUGUGUGAA